AUGGCCGACAACGGCAGCGACGCGGGCGGGCAGCCGGCGCCGGUGAUUAUCGUCGGCGCCGGGCUGGCCGGGCUGGUCGCCGCGUACGAGCUGUCGCUGCGCAAGGUGCCCACCAUCAUCGUGGACCAGGAGAACGACCAGAGCAUCGGCGGCCAGGCCUUCUGGUCGCUGGGCGGCCUGUUCUGCGUUGACUCCACGGAGCAGCGCCGCAUGGGCAUCAAGGACUCGCGCGAGCUCGCCAUGCGGGAUUGGCUCGGCUCGGCGCGCUUCGAUCGCGACAGAGAGGACCACUGGCCGCGGCAGUGGGCCAAGGCAUUUGUUGACUUUGCGACGGAUGAGAUGGAGAGCUAUGUCAAGAGCUUAGGGCUCGGGUUUAUGUUCAAUGUCGGCUGGGCGGAGAGAGGAGAUGGCCGUGCAGAUGGUCACGGUAACUCAGUGCCCCGGUUCCAUCUGACCUGGGGUACAGGGCCAGAGGUUGUCCGUGUUUUCAGGGAGCCGGUGCUCAAGGCGGAGAAGGAAGGGGUCAUCAAAUUCAAGUUUCGCCACAUGGUUGACGAGCUGAUUGUGGAUGAGACCACAGGCAAGGCAGUCGGUGUACGAGGGCGAAUCCUGAAGCCCGAUGACUCUCCGAGAGGAGUAAAGACAACGAGAGAAGUUGUUGGCAACUUUGAGAUUGCAGGCUCUGCAGUACUUGUCUCCUCUGGUGGUAUUGGUGGAAAUGUCGAGGCAGUCAAGGCUGCGUGGCCGAUCGAUCGUCUUGGGCCAGUGGUGCCAAAGAACUUCGUCAUUGGCGUGCCGGCCCACGUGGAUGGUCGGAUGAUUGGCAUCACAGAGAAGGCCGGCGGCAAUGUCGUCAACAAGGACAGGAUGUGGCACUAUACUGAAGGCUUACAGAACUGGAACCCAAUCUGGCCUGAUCACGGCAUCCGCGUACUACCUGCGCCCUCGUCAUUAUGGCUUGAUGCCACUGGCAAACGGCUACCGCCGUUCCUUUAUCCUGGAUCAGACACCCUAGCAACGCUCAAGUACAUAUGCAGCACUGGCUACGACUAUACCUGGUUUAUAUUGGAUCAAAGCAUUAUCGCGAGAGAGUUUGCCCUGUCUGGGUCAGAGCAAAAUCCCGACAUCACCAACAAGAGCAUUUGGCAGCUACUCACACGUGUCUUCGGUAAGAAAGGCACCGUUCCCGUCCAGAACUUCCAGAAGUAUGGCAAGGACUUCAUUGUGAGGGAUGAUCUGGAGGAGCUCGUCGCCGCCAUGAACGAGCUAGCAAAGGAGGCGGGCGGACCGCUACUCGAGUAUGAGCAGAUCAAGGAGGUUGUCGAAACCCGCGAUGGCCAGAUGGACAACAGCUACUCCAAAGACGCGCAAGCCAUGCUGAUUCACAAUGCGCGGAAUUACUGGCCCGACAGUCGCAGCCGUGUCGCGCCGGCCCAUCGCCUACUAGACAAGAAGCAUGGCCCUCUCAUUGCUGUCAGGAUGAACUUGCUCACCCGCAAGACCCUUGGAGGGCUUGAGACAAAUUUGAAUAGCAAUGUCAUGAAGGCGAACGGAGAGCGAUUCCCUGGCCUGUAUGCUGCAGGGGAAGCAGCAGGAUUCGGCGGCGGUGGUGUGCACGGGUAUAGCUCCCUGGAGGGUACCUUUUUGGGAGGCUGCAUCUUCUCUGGACGAGCUGCUGGGCGGGCCAUGGCAGAUGAAGUGCUUGGGACAACAGCGGAGUAA